ACUUAUAUAUAAACCAACAAGAAGACAUUCCCGUUUCCAUUGUUAUAAAACAAGAGAGCAAAGUUUAGUUGUGGCCGAAGUUACAAAUGGCAGUUUUGCAAGCUUUUCUGAUUGUUCUAUGCAUCAUUGUGUCCCAUCAAAAUUUGGUUGAUGCAAAAUUUUCCAAGAGUAUGUAUAUCACCUGGGGUGCCCAGCAUGCUACAAUGCAAGGCAAUGGUGGCGAGGAUCUUAACCUCGUGCUGGAUCCAUUUUCAGGUUCUGCUGUUCAAUCAAAGAGAGGCUUCUUAUUCGGAAGCAUUGAGAUGCUCAUUAAGUUGGUACCUGGGAAUUCCGCAGGGACUGUAACAGCCUACUAUCUAUCCUCAACAGGAACCAAACAUGAUGAGAUAGAUUUUGAAUUCUUGGGGAACAUUUCUGGACAACCUUACAUUGUCCACACAAACAUCUAUACACAAGGAAAUGGAAGCAAGGAGCAGCAAUUUUAUCUCUGGUUUGACCCAACUGCUGAUUUCCACAACUACACCAUACAUUGGAACCCCACUGAAAUUGUGUGGUAUGUUGAUAGUCUACCAAUUCGUGUUUUCCGAAACUAUGAAAACCAGGGGAUUGCUUACCCCAACAAGCAAGGGAUGAGGGUUUACUCAAGCUUAUGGAAUGCUGAUAACUGGGCAACUAGAGGUGGGCUAGUCAAGAUAGAUUGGACCAGUGCACCCUUCACGGCUAGAUUCCAAAACUUCAGGGCAAGAGCCUGCAAGUGGAACGGAGACAUCAGCAUUAGUCAAUGCGGCACCACUUCCCCAGCAAACUGGUGGACCUCCCCUAUAUACAGCCAGCUGAGCAGUGCUAAGCGGGGCCAGCUGCAGUGGGUCAGAGAUAACUUCAUGAUCUAUGACUACUGCAAAGAUACUAAAAGGUUCAAUGGACAGAUACCUCCUGAAUGUUUUAUACAACAAUUCUGAUUUGAGGCUACGAAAUCAAGCUAUAUAAAGAGACCCGAAUCCCGUUUCUACCAGAUGAAUGAUUCUGCAGCCUUAACCAGUUUUCUUCUUCCAGUUCACAACUGAAACAACUUUCUUUUGGUUUUCUGUGUUUGAGCUUUUUGA